AUGGAGAUCAAGGUGACUCAACAAGAGGCAGAACAGCUAAUGCUGGAGACACCUACAACAGCCAACCUGCGUCAUUGGUCCAAAGAAUACAGCGCAAAACCCCAUCUCGCCGGCGAUCUGGCCCACGCCACACGCAUCCGAGAUCUUUGGAGAUCAUACGGCAUUCCCACGGAACUGGAACAAUACGAUGUGCUUCAAAACUUUCCCGUGUCACAAAGACUGCAACUCCUCGACUCCGACGGAGAAGUAGCAUUCGAAGCUUCAUUGACAGAAGACGAGGUUCCUGAAGAUCCCACGUCAUCACCCAAGAACGGUCUCCCGGCAUUUCACGGCUUCAGUGCCAAUGGCGAGGCCUGCGCUGAGUUAGUUUACGCAAACUUUGGCGAGUUGAGAGACUUUGAGCUUCUUGAGUCAAAGGGAAUCUCAGUCAAGGGGAAGAUUGUCAUCUGCAAGUACGCCAAAGUCUUCAGAGGCUUGAAGGUUCGGGCAGCAGAGCAGUACGGCGCUGCUGCUGUUGUAUUGUACAACGAUCCACAAGAGGACGGGCAGUACACCGAGGCCAAUGGCUACAAGUCUUUUCCACAUGGACCAGCUAGGCACCCCAAGUCCAUUCAGAGAGGAAGCGUCGACUUUUUCUCGAUAGCUGUUGGGGACCCUACGACCCCUGGGUACCCAAGCUUGCCUGGAAAUGAUGUCGAACGUCAAGAUCCUGGACACGCCACACCGAAAAUACCAUCCCUUCCCAUAUCCUAUGCCGAUGCUGUUCCAUUCUUGAAGGCCUUGAACGGACAGGGUCUGAGUCCCUUUUCCAUGGGCGGCGAAGGGAGUGAUUGGAAAGGGUGCCUUGCUGACAUCGACUACUUUACUGGACCAAGCAAAGUGCGAGUCUCAUUAGCCAACCAUGACCUUAACGUCGAUGAGGCUACAAAUGGCGGCCAAGUACUCGGCGUCACAGGUAGCCCCCUGUUGGCCAGCGUCCUUAGGGACGUUACCCAAUUGAUCCGGUCGCCAAUCCACGAAGGCAAGACUGUAUACGAUGACUGGCUUGGUGAUCAACGUCGGACCGACCCUGGGCGUCCGACCCCAGUGCUUGACCUCAUGGGGACCGGGAGCGACUACACAGUUUUCUUCAACCAUCUUGGCAUUCCCUCCGUCGACCUACUGUUCAAUCGCCAGGGUCAAGGAGUUUACCCUUAUCACUCCAACUAUGACAGCUUCUACUGGGUUGAGAAGUUUGGUGAUGUGGGCUUCAAGAAGCAUCUUGCCAUGGCUCAACUAUGGGGACUUCUCACUAUUCGGCUCGCUGGUACUGGAAGCAUCUUAUUUGAGGCUGUGGAGUAUCCAAAGGUUCUUGCGCACCACUCAAAACAACUGGAGACCAAAUACGGGAGUUUGCUUGACCUUUCGGCCCUUGACAGAGUGAUCAGUCGAUUUCAUGCUGCUGCUCUCGAAGUGGACACGAGAUCAAACACCAAAGCUUCUCCAACGAGCUUGCAACCCGAUAGCGGCAUCUUUGCUCCAGGACUUUGGUAUGGAUACGAUGGAGUCAUCUUCCCCGGGGUCGUGGAAUGCAUGGAGGCGGAAGACAUGAAAGGUGCGAUCGAGUGGAUCGCGAAGAUUGUUGAAGCUAUUGAGAGAGUCACAAGACUUCUCUUGAUUAAAACUGGAGUAUGA